AUGGCAAAUAAGGAGGAGAUAACAGACCUUGACGCGGAUAUUAGAAUAAUCGCGGACUUAAAAAAUCAAGUUACGAGAGGAUUUACCAAUUUCAAAAAAUCACCGAAAGACAGGAUCACAGAACCAUAUCUUGUCACUAGAUUGGAGGGAUUGGAAGAACUUAUAGAUCGUUUUAGAUUGAAACAUGAGGCGAUUUUAAGGAAAUAUGACGAAGGAACGCUGGAAGAACACGGAUAUCUUGAGGCAGAUGUAUACGCAAACAGUUAUGAAGAAUACUUAGACUACAAAACAUCUUUAAAAAGUGCUUUAACGAAGUUUAAAAAACCUAAAGAUAAGGGUAGCGAUAACUCUAAUAGUAAUGUUAAUAUUGUAAGAUUGCCAAAAAUUACAUUGCCUACCUUUAGUGGCAAAUAUUCAGAGUGGACAUCUUUUCGAGAUUUAUUCACUUCUCUGGUACACAAUAAUUCCCAACUGGAUGAUGUACAAAAACUACAUUAUUUAAAAACGCAACUGUCCGGUGAAGCUGAACAGCUCGUUCGAUCUAUUCCGAUAACACAAGCGAAUUAUAAUAAAUGUUGGGAAUUGUUGAAGAACAGAUACAACAACAAAAGACAUAUGUCCAAUAAUAUAUUAAAACGAUUGUUUGGUCAACGCACGCUUACUGUCGAGUCUUCGUCUGCUCUUAAAGAAAUUUUAGAUACUACUAACGAUUGUUUACAUGAGUUGUCAAAUUUAGGAAUUAAUACUAAGGAUUGGGAUAUUAUGGUGAUUUAUGUCAUCUCUUUAAAGUUGGACGUUGAGACUAGAAAACAAUGGGAGUUGCAUGUCAGUGAGUCAAGCGACGACUUUCCGUCUUUAGAGCAGUUUCAGAAGUUUUUAUGUACCCGAUUCCGCGCGUUAGAAAUGGUUGAACCUAGCAAAAUAAAGCCCAAGAGUGUUUCCAGCAAUGUCAGUACUAAAUCAUUACAUACCACUACUCAACCAAAGUUAUGUAAGAAUUGCUCCGAAAAUCAUAAACUACACCAAUGUAAACGGUUUACCCAAGAAGAUGUGAAUAAACGUCGUGAAUUAGCCGCAUCUCUCAAUGUAUGUUUUAAUUGUUUGGGGAACAAUCAUAAUAGUGCUACUUGCCGUUCGUCAAUGAAGUGCCUCGUUUGUCACCGUAAACACCACACGUUACUCCAUCCUCAAGGCCCAGAGAUUGUUUCCAGCGAAAGUUCUGCUGGAAAAGUUAGAUUAGAAACCAAACAACCGGAGUCGCCAUCCACGGCGAAGGAGACCAUACCUGCAAUCAAUUCGUUAUUCUUGACUGGGAAUGUUUACAGCCAAACAUUAUUAGCAACGGCUUUAGUUAAAGCCGAGUCAAGAAACGGGCAGUCACAAAUUCUUCGAGUCCUUAUUGACCAAGGAUCGCAGGCAUCAUUUAUUUCAGAAGCUGCAGUACAGUUACUGAACUUAAAUAGGAUAUGUGCGAAAAGCACUAUCUCGGGGCUGGGCGGAAGCAAGGGAUUGACGUCCAAAUACGUGACGAGCUGCGGCAUUCAAUCACUUCACGCACCAGAAUUCAAACUGCGCAUCCAAGCCCACGUAGUUAGCAAUGUCACUUCUAUUCUUCCUGAACGGAAGUUUGCUAUAACGGAUUGGGAUGAACUCAAAGGACUACCGCUAGCUGACCCACAUUUUAACAAACCUAAUAAAAUACAUGCUUUAUUAGGUGCCGAAAUCUACUGCAAGAUCAUAAAACCGGGUUUAAUGAAAAACCCCACUGAUACUGCUAUUGCUCAAGACACUUACUUGGGUUGGAUACUAUCCGGAACGGUGGGCGGCAAGCAUUUUCAAACUUCGCAACAGAGUGUUGUGCUCAACACGACGGUGCAGGUGGAAGAUGUCGACAUACUUAAACGCUUUUGGGAAUUAGAAGCAGAACCAACGCUUUCCAAAACAAAAUUGUUGACUUGUGAAGAACAAGCUUGCGAAGAUCAUUUUAACGCCACCACUGAUAGAGAUGGUACUGGUCGUUACAUAGUUGAAUUGCCGUUCCGUUGUCCUGAUCCACCCUGUAAGUAUGGGAAUUCUAGGGAUAUCGCUGUCAAGAGGUUGCUGAGCUUAGAGAAAAGGCUAAGUAAAGAUGAACAGUCCAAAGAACAAUAUCAUCAAGUUUUGAAAGAGUAUUUAUCUCUUGGGCACAUGGAGGCGAUUUCGGAGGAAAAAUCUGAACAGGCUGAUAAAGUGUGGUUACCACACCACGCUGUGGUUAGAAUGGACAAGACCACUACCAAAACGAGAGUGGUUUUUAACGCCUCUUCCAAAGGCACCAACGGAGUCUCUUUAAACGAUUCUCUGAUGGUAGGACCGACCAUUCAACCUGACUUAAGACACAUUAUGUUACGAUGGCGUCUUUAUCCGAUCUGUUUAACAGCCGACAUUAUAAAAAUGUAUCGGCAAGUCAGAGUAGCCGAUAAACACACCGACUUUCAGAGAAUCGUGUGGAGGGACGACGUGGCGUCUGAGAUAAUGGACUACCGUUUACUGACUGUGACGUUUGGUACCGCUUCCGCUCCAUAUUUGGCAGUCAAAGCGUUACAGCAAACUGCUGUAGACGAAGGUCAAAACUAUCCAUUGGCUGCCGAAAGAGUCAAAAGGGACUUUUACAUGGAUGAUCUGAUGACGGGGUGCUACUCUGAAACGGAAGCGAUUAAAAUUUAUCAAGAGAUGAAUGAGAUGUUACAAAAGGGAGGCUUUACGUUACAAAAAUGGUCUAGCAAUAUACUGGGUCUAUUGGACAGUCUACAAGGAGAUCUAGAGAAGAAAUUAGAAAUAAAGGUGGAUGAAGUUACCAAAGUCUUGGGACUUACUUGGAAUCGCCGCACUGAUGGCUUCCAUUACACGGUGAAGUUGGCGGCAGAUCCUUCGGAAACUAAAAGGGGAAUUAUUUCAGAAAUUUCCCGUCUCUAUGAUCCGUUAGGAUGGAUAGCGCCUUGCAUCAUAACGGCAAAAAUAUUUAUUCAGAAGCUGUGGAUCGCUGGGCUAGGCUGGGAUGAAGUAGUACCCCCGGAACUUCUCCAAGAAUGGAAUAAGUACCGGAGUGAGUUAACAGAUCUUGCUACUGUUCGCAUUCCUCGCUGGUUGAGUAGCCACGAAAAUGAUGGACUGGAACUGCAUGGUUUUAGCGAUGCCUCCAAUGUGGCUUACGCUGCAGUGGUGUACGUUCGUGUGAUUGGCAUUGAUGGCAAGAUAACCUCCCAUUUGGUGACUGCCAAAACAAAAGUUGCUCCUAUAAAGCAAGUGUCCGUUCCCAGACUUGAACUUUGUGGUGCUGUUCUGGUGACCAAAUUGCUAAUGGAAGUGGCCGAGGUGCUCAAGGUCGAUAUCAAAAAUAUUAGAGCGUGGACCGACUCAACCGUAGUGCUAGCGUGGUUGUGUGCACAUCCGAGUCGAUGGAAAACCUUUAUCGCCAAUCGCACGUCAGAGAUUUUAACUCAUCUCGACUCCCAACAAUGGUCGUACGUAAAGUCCAAAGACAAUCCUGCCGAUGCUGCGUCUCGUGGCGUAUCCCCGUCCACUUUAACGAGUGAUCAACUUUGGAUGCAAGGUCCAGAGUGGCUACGCGAAGAAACUAUUACCUACACGAAGCCAAGUUCGAUUUGCACUAAAACAGAGCUUGAGGAGAAAGAGGUCAAAGUCCAUGUAGCGACAACCGCAGCAGAUACUCUGGAGCCAGAAUGGUGGUCCAGAUUUUCUUCGUUAGGGCGUCUCGUGCGGGUAGUUGCUUACUGCCGAAGAUUUUUAAAUUUUAAAGAUCGUUCACUAUCAAAAGCUAAACCGAGGCCAUAUCUUACCGCAACUGAGCUCCAAUCCUCGUUAAUGUGCUGUGUACGGCAGUGCCAGCUCGAGUUUUUAGACGAAAUUAAGUGCUUAAAAGAUAAUCAAGUUCCUAAAAAGAGUAGUCUAAUCACCCUGUGUCCUUUUCUUGACGGUGAUGGAAUUUUAAGAGUAGGAGGUAGAGUAAACAAUUCUGAUUUACCUGAAAACAGCAGAAAUCCCAUAAUUAUUCCAGGAAAUUCAAAACUUGCUAAGCUCAUAGUUGCUGACGCUCAUGAACGCACCUUACACGGAGGAUCUCAAUUAAUGAUAAAUUUCAUAAGAACUCAGUUUUGGAUACUUAAAAUUAAACAUUUGGUUAAAUCGUACGCUCGAAGCUGUGUUCGUUGCGUACGUCACAGCUCCGCAGUGGCCACACAACUGAUGGGUCAAUUACCUGCUUGUCGCGUUACGGCGAAUAAGCCAUUCCUUAAUUCCGGUGUGGAUUAUGCUGGACCCAUCCAGAUGCGUUUUGCAAAAGGGAGAGGUCAACGCUCUUACAAAGGCUACAUUUGUCUUUUUGUUUGUAUGGCCACACGAGCGGUCCAUAUCGAAGCAGUUUCGGAUCUGACUUCAAGGGGUUUUCUGGCAGCCUUUAAAAGAUUUGUCGCUAGGCGUGGCCGUUGUUCGCAUCUCUGGAGUGAUAACGGCACCAAUUUUGUGGGUGCUUCAAAGGAUCUGAAAGCCUUGUUUGCCGCUGAACACUCUUCAAUGGCUAUUGAAGUGGCUGCUUCGCUGGCAAACAACGGCACUACCUGGCACUUUAUCCCUCCCCAUGCUCCCCAUUUUGGAGGACUAUGGGAAGCAGGGAUCAAAAGUGCCAAAUACCACCUCAAAAGAGUAAUCGGUGAAUCCACCCUUACAUACGAAGAGAUGGCGACAGUUCUCUCGCAGAUAGAAGCUUGCCUUAAUUCGCGUCCUAUAACCCCGCCAAGUGCGGAUCCGAAGGAAGCUAGCUCUUUAACUCCGGGGCACUUUUUAGUGGGGGAAGCUCUGGUUAAUGCCCCAGACGUUACUGAAAAUUUCGACAAAAUAAGUAGUUUAAACCGCUGGCAUAUGACUCAGCGGAUGGUACAAAGUUUCUGGAACCGAUGGUCUCAAGAAUACUUGACGCAGUUCUUUCAGCGUUAUAAAUGGAACACAAAAACUACUGAACCGCGAGUCGGAGACAUAGUUUUGGUUCGUGAAAUUAACUUACCGCCUGCUAAAUGGCUCUAUGGACGAGUUGAAGAGGCACUUACCGAGUUGCAGAAACUCGCGCGCAAGUGUCCAAAGAAGCUUGUAAACUUGAAGGUGGAACACAAACACACUGUUAAAUUAACGAAUCAUCCUGAAAAAGUUGUUGGAUGUAGUUUGUGCACAGUUUUGGAGAUGAUCAGAACUCGCGAGAAGUGA